GCCCGAAGGAGCGAUAACGUUCUCGGUUGCAAUGUAUCCCCGCACGCUCAAAAACGUCGAUUCGUGAGGAGGCGAUGUCACGAAGUGCUUUAAAAGCUAUGAUCAGCCGCGGGGAUGUGGCAGAUGUUUUCGUUUUAUCAGCUUGACAUUUAGUCUGACGUGGAACUGUCUUCCCUUUUAACAUCGCCCUUGUGUGGUCAUAUAUUGCGUCCAGCAUGGUUAAUGAGUAUGAUGAUCGAGAUGAAACCUUCUGGGCACCGGGGACAGUCGCCCUAGAAGAUGGUAAAUUGAGCUUCCUUUCCAAUGUGAGCCAACCUAUAAUGACUGAUCAAUGUAGUUCACCGAACCAGCGACCAGCUUGUGCUUGUGCCGACGCCAUCGGCCGAUCCCAAUGAUCCCCUCAAUUGGUCGACCGCUCGAAAAAUGCUAAACUAUACCCUUGUCAGCUUCUUCGUCCUGUGGACCUUUGUCCAACUUGAUAUAGGGUUCACAGCAUGGGGCCCGGUGCAAGAAGAGCUUGGUUUCUCCAUCGAUAUUCUCAAUGCUGGCUCGGCAGUCAACUACGGCGGUCUUGCCAUCGGUUGCUUUUUCUUCAUUCCCCUCGUCCAUAAAUAUGGUCGCCGACCGAUGUAUAUCUUCAGUACUGCGCUGCAGCUUGCAUCCUGCAUUUGGCAGGCGAAGACCUACAGUGUUGGUAGCUUCAUUGGUUGUAAUCUGAUUUCUGGAUUGGGUGGUGCUAUAUCGGAAGUCAUCGCGCAAAUUACUGUUGCAGACAUGUUUUUUGUCCACCAGCAUGGUACCAUGAACGAAUGGUUUGUUAUAUUCCAAAGUGCAGGAGCCUUCCUUGGGCCCGUUGCAUCUGCUUAUAUUGUCGAAUCACAAGGGUGGCGAUGGAUGUGGUGGUGGUGUGUCAUAUUCUUUGCUAUCACAUUACUUUGUGUGAUCUUCCUCUUCGAAGAGUCGAAAUACGUGCCCAUUCUGAACGGCCAAAGCGUCGCACUUGCGGCUCCAGCUCAUGCAACCGAGUUGCCAAAUGACUCUAAAGCCAAGUCACCUGUCGAUGGCAAAGUCGCGACUGAACAAGUGCCCGCCAGUCGAGUCGCAGCCAACCCGGAAAUUAAGCCAAAAAUGUACGCCGAAAGGAUGGCUCUCAUCACACCGACCGAAGAAUCGCUGCUUCCUCAUUUUUGGCAGCCGAUUGAGACAUUGUUCACCUUCCCGGCUGUGACGUAUGCUGCUAUCACAUAUGGCUCCACUUUGGCUUUUUUCGCGAUGAUGACGUCGCUCCAGGCAACAUAUAUGUUGCUGCCACCAUACAACUUUGACGCAAUCGGUAUCGGUCUCAUGAACGUGGCACCAUUUGUCGGUGCUGUUCUGGGCUUCCCCGUUGGCGGUUACCUGAGUGACAAGUCCAUCCUGUGGCUUUCCAAGAAGAACGGUGGUAUCUAUGAGCCCGAACAGCGGCUUUGGUUGGCCCUUCCUGUUGUGAUACUGGGCCCUGCGUCCAUCUUGUUGUUUGGCCUUGGUCUUGCCUACGGCGUACAUUGGUCCUGCCUCGCCGUCGGCUUCGGUGUUUUCGGUUUCACGCUGUCUUCCAUCAGUGGUGUCUCGCUUUCCUACCUUAUGGAUUGUUACCAGGAUAUUAUUGGCGAUGCCCUAGUCGGUGUUAUCUUUAUGCGGAACAUUAUAUCUGUCAUAAUUCUCUUUGUGAUCACUCCGUGGGUCAAUGGUAUGGGUAUGCAGAAUCUCCAUAUUCUCGCAGCAGUGUUGGCUUUCUUCCUCUAUCUCAUUCCGGUGCCUCUUCUUAUUUGGGGGAAGAAGGCACGAGUCGCAACUGCCGCGCGCUAUCGCAGAAUGGCUGCGAACCAAAUCGGUCGCCGAACAGUCUGA